CUCUCCUUUCUCUCUCUCUCCAACACUCCCAACUUUCUCCCCUCUAUUAAGUUCCAAGCUUCUUUCAAUCUGAAGUGAACAAUAUAUUCCAAACAGCAUGAUGCUCUUUGACAGACAGAAAGUGAUCCCUUCCACUGUGGUUGCCAGCUCUGUCAGAAGGACGUCCCAGUGCAACAUUUUAAAAAGGCCAGACAGUUCUCAGCCGUUUGACUUUGGCUUGGAGCUAUAGACUGAUAACAGAGUACACACCUAAUGGAUUACUACACAGCAGUGGAGGCUGGUGGGAGGAGCUAUAGACUGAUAACAGAGUACACACCUAAUGGAUUACUACACAGCAGUGGAGGCUGGUGGGAGGAGCUAUAGACUGAUAACAGAGUACACACCUAAUGGAUUACUACACAGCAGUGGAGGCUGGUGGGAGGAGCUAUAGACUGAUAACAGAGUACACACCUAAUGGAUUACUACACAGCAGUGGAGGCUGGUGGGAGGAGCUAUAGACUGAUAACAGAGUACACACCUAAUGGAUUACUACACAGCAGUGGAGGCUGGUGGGAGGAGCUAUAGACUGAUAACAGAGUACACACCUAAUGGAUUACUACACAGCAGUGGAGGCUGGUGGGAGGAGCUAUAGACUGAUAACAGAGUACACACCUAAUGGAUUACUACACAGCAGUGGAGGCUGGUGGGAGGAGCUAUAGACUGAUAACAGAGUACACACCUAAUGGAUUACUACACAGCAGUGGAGGCUGGUGGGAGGAGCUAUAGACUGAUAACAGAGUACACACCUAAUGGAUUACUACACAGCAGUGGAGGCUGGUGGGAGGAGCUAUAGACUGAUAACAGAGUACACACCUAAUGGAUUACUACACAGCAGUGGAGGCUGGUGGGAGGAGCUAUAGACUGAUAGCAGAGUACACACCUAAUGGAUUACUACACAGCAGUGGAGGCUGGUGGGAGGAGCUAUAGACUGAUAACAGAGUACACACCUAAUGGAUUACUACACAGCAGUGGAGGCUGGUGGGAGGAGCUAUAGACUGAUAACAGAGUACACACCUAAUGGAUUACUACACAGCAGUGGAGGCUGGUGGGAGGAGCUAUAGAGAGACGGGCUCAUUGUAAUGGCUGGAAUGGAAUUAAUGGAAUGGUAUCAAAUAUAUGGAAAUCACUGUUGACUCCGGUCCUUUUAUUCCAUUCCAGCCAUCCUAUAGCUCCUCCCACCAGCCUCCACUGCCACACAGCGUAUCCCCACACUCCUUCCUCACAUUUCUAUCACAUUUAGAGGGUCACUCAAUGGACGCUUUCAUCCAAAGCAAAUCACAAACUCCCACAUUUAAACUAAACUGCUGUCUCCUAUCCUAUCCUAUUGCCCCAACUCAACCCUUGUUCCUAACCCCUCAGGCACUUGUGUAGAUGUUAGUGGAUUGUAUGUAUAAACAAAAUAUACCAUCUUACCCUCCUAUAGGCUAGGAGGACUUUUCAUCAGUUUUACUGUGUGCCUAAAGAGUAGGGUCAAUUGGUUCAUUUAGGAUUGCAGUUUGAUAGUAGAGAACAUACUUCAUGGAUCAAGUAUUUAUCUUUUCUUUUCACCUGCUGUCUGACUGGCUGUGCCCCAACCUGGGACCUGUCCCUGGGACUCCACCACUCUGUCCCCUGAUGUGGGACCUAUCCCUGUGACACUCACUCACUCCACCGCUCUGUCCCCUGAUGUGGGACCUAUCCCUGGGACACUCACUCACUCCACCGCUCUGUCCCCUGAUGUUGGACCUAUCCCUGGGACACUCACUCACUCCACCGCUCUGUCCCCUGAUGUGAGACCUAUCCCUGGGACACUCACUCACUCCACCACUCUGUCCCCUGAUGUGGGACCUAUCCCUGGGACACUCACUCACUCCACCGCUCUGUCCCCUGAUGUGGGACCUAUCCCUGGGGCACUCACUCACUCCACCGCUCUGUCCCCUGAUGUGGGACCUAUCCCUGGGGCACUCACUCACUCCACCGCUCUGUCCCCUGAUGUGGGACCUAUCCCUGGGGCACUCACUCACUCCACCGCUCUGUCCCCUGAAGUGGGACCUAUCCCUGGGACACUCACUCACUCCACCGCUCUGUCCCCUGAUGUGGGACUUAUCCCUGGGACACUCACUCACUCCACCGCUCUGUCCCCUGAUGUGGGACCUAUCCCUGGGACACUCACUCACUCCACCGCUCUGUCCCCUGAUGUGGGACCUAUCCCUGGGACACUCACUCACUCCACCGCUCUGUCCCCUGAUGUGGGACCUAUCCCUGGGGCACUCACUCACUCCACCGCUCUGUCCCCUGAUGUGGGACCUAUCCCUGGGACACUCACUCACUCCACCGCUCUGUCCCCUGAUGUGGGACCUAUCCCUGGGACACUCACUCCCUCCACCGCCAUGGCCCCUGAUGUGGGACCUAUCCCUGGGACACUCACUCACUCCACCGCUCUGUCCCCUGAUGUGGGACCUAUCCGUGGGACACUCAAUCUGUCUACCACCACUGUCAGCGCUUGGCAUUAAUUGCCACCCAGGGCUGAAUUAUCACCUCACACACACGCACACACACACACACACACACACACACACACACACACACACACACACACACACACACACACACACACACACACACACACACACACACACACACACACACACACACACACACACACACACACACACACACACACACCACACCACACCACACCACGCACAUGCAAACGCACACGCAUGCACAAAACAUGAAUGGUAUCUGCGGGUAUACAUAAUACAUAUACACUGAGUGUACAAAACAUUAAGAACGCCUGCUCUUUCAUGACAUAGACUGACCAGGUGAAUCCAGGUGAAAGCUAUGAUCCCUUAUUGAUGUCACUUGUUAAAUCCACUUCAAUCAGUGUAGAUGAAGGGGAGGAGACGGGUUAAAGAAUGAUUUUUAAGCCUUGAGACAAUUGAGACAUGGAUUGUGUAUGUGCACCUUUGAACGGGGUAUGGUAGUAGGUGCCAGGUGCACCGGUUUGUGUCAAGAACUGCAACUCUGCAGGGUUUUUCACACUCAACAGUUUCCUGUGUGUAUCAAGAAUGGUUCACCACCCAAAGGACAUCCAUACAACUUGACACAACAGUGGGAAGCAUUGGAGUUAAAAUGGGCCAGCAUCCCUGUUGGAACUCAUUUGACACCUUGUAGAGUCCAUGUCCCAACGAAUUGAGGCUGUUCAGAGGGCAAAAGGAAGGUGUUCCUAAUGAGCAGUCCACUCUAAUAGCUUGUAUCUGGCUCAUACUCUUUCUGCUGCCUAGGACAGCAACAAAGAAUUUCCAAUCCAGACAGUUCUUUAAUAAGAAGAAAUGAUUUGGUGGGUGCUUGUAUUUGUACUAUUUCACACAUGUAUGGAUUGGAAAUGUGUGUUUUUGCAUAUUCCAACUCCCCCUGAGACACCUUCAGAGAGUGGGGUCACAGCCAGCCAUUGUGAAGGCACAUUAACACCAGUAUUUUCACCUUGUCACUACAGGGAUCCAAACUAGCGACCUUAACAGUUACUGUCCCAACACUAACUACUUGUCUACCUGCUGUAUCUGGCUUGUACUCUGCUGCAUAGGGCAGCAACAAAGGAUCUCUACUCCUGGCAGACUGGCAGUUUUAUCCACAAAGAGAUCCGUGUUGGCCCAGUCAAGUGUUUUUUCCCACCUGAACUUGAUCCCCCUUUUUAGGGAGUCAUCUUCUCUCUUGUUAUGGAGGGGGACAAAGAGGGUGUUUUAGGGAGUCAUCUUCUCUCUUGUUAUGGAGGGGGACAAAGAGGGUGUUUUAGGGAGUCAUCUUCUCUCUUGUUAUGGAGGGGGACAAAGAGGGUGUUUUAGGGAGUCAUCUUCUCUCUUGUUAUGGAGGGGGACAAAGAGGGUGUUUUAGGGAGUCAUCUUCUCUCUUGUUAUGGAGGGGGACAAAGAGGGUGUUUUAGGGAGUCAUCUUCUCUCUUGUUAUGGAGGGGGACAAAGAGGGUGUUUUAGGGAGUCAUCUUCUCUCUUGUUAUGGAGGGGGACAAAGAGGGUGUUUUAGGGAGUCAUCUUCUCUCUUGUUAUGGAGGGGGACAAAGAGGGUGUUUUAGGGAGUCAUCUUCUCUCUUGUUAUGGAGGGGGACAAAGAGGGUGUUUUAGGGAGUCAUCUUCUCUCUUGUUAUGGAGGGGGACAAAGAGGGUGUUUUAGGGAGUCAUCUUCUCUCUUGUUAUGGAGGGGGACAAAGAGGGUGUUUUAGGGAGUCAUCUUCUCUCUUGUUAUGGAGGGGGACAAAGAGGGUGUUUUAGGGAGUCAUCUUCUCUCUUGUUAUGGAGGGGGACAAAGAGGGUGUUGUCGUUGUUAAUCGUCUUUUUUUCUUCUUUCCUUGUUUAUAUUCAGGAGGUGUUCCAUAAAAAAUAGAUGCCAUCCUUCCUCGUCACCCAGUCCUCUCCUCCUCUACCUUUCUCUCCAUCACUCCCUUUCUCCCAUUUUUUCUACUCCCAUACUGGACCGUCCAUCUCUCUCUUCCCUUUCCUCCUCCCGUCCUCUCCGUUCUCCAUUCUUCAUCCCCACAUCCACCUCUGAACUGCUGUUAUCUGUGUCUCUACCUUCCUCCUGUCUUCAACCUUCCUUUCUUUUUUGGGGGGUUCACCUCCCUUCAAUUAUUUCCCUGCUUCUCUCUCUUCACCCUCUUUCCCGUCCUCUUCCCUCUUUCCCUCCCUUCCUCUCUCCAUCCGGCCUCUCAGCCUCUGGUAGAGGUCAC